CCUAUUGUUCCCCUACGUAAAUUUAUAGACAGAUGCCCUGCACCACAGCGAGGGAGAGAGCUCACGCCAGGGGUAGGGAGACCACCACAGAGCUGGAUACAGACCAGAACCUUCUGGUCAGCCUCAUCUUUAGCACCUCAACAUCCCUGUCAGUCAUUCAGCGAGUCUCGGGCCGAUCUGUCACAGGGCUCUGAUGUUCUGACGCCAUGCUGGAGCUGAUACUACUGCUGUUUACCGGGCUGGACUGCUUGCUGGGAGCCCCAACAGGUCGAGAAGUCUACCGGAUGCCUCAGAGUGCCCUUAAAGCCUUAUCCGAUCGCGGUACCGUCGUCUUGGAGGCUGCCAUGAGCAGCGCCCUGUCCGCAGUUGACCGUGCAUCCUCCGAGAGAAGUCGGGCUGAGGCUGGCUGCAGAGGUUGCGCUCCUUGCCUUUUCCAGGACUGUGGGCAGCCCUCUGGAGCUUGCUCGUCUCCUUCCAGUGCGCUAUCUGAGCCCACCUGCGAUGUGAUCAGCAAGGCACAGAAGCUUCAGAACGAAGCCGAACGGAGCUGGGCGCUGAGUCAGGCCUGUGCUUUCUACCAGCACCGCUGUUCAUCCGCAGACUUGGACGGAGAGAGCUGCAUCAGGAUCAUGGGAGAGAGCUGUAGCGCCCGUGUCCUCCAGUGCAGCCUGCUGAACACCAUGCAGAACCUGGAGCCUGCAACACAGACACGCAUCGAAGCUGUGUGCGGCCAGAGGUCGUCCCCUGUGCUAAACACAACGCAGCCUCGCUCCCGGAUCGUGGGGGGCUCUCCGGCCACACCGGGAAGUUGGCCCUGGCUGGUCAAUCUGCAGCUGGACGGCGCCCUGAUGUGUGGCGGGGUUCUGGUUGACAGCUCAUGGGUGGUCACAGCAGCUCACUGCUUUCAUGGGAGCCGCAGUGAGAGCUACUGGUCUGCCGUAGUUGGCGACUUCGAUAUCACCAAGACAGACCCAGAUGAGCAAGUUCUCAAGAUAAAUCGCAUCAUCCCUCAUCCUAAGUUUAAUCCAAAGACGUACAACAACGAUAUUGCCCUCGUGGAGCUGACAUCACCUGUCGUCCUGUCUGACCGUGUCACCCCUGUGUGCCUCCCUGCGGGCGUGGAGCCCCCUACUGGCAGCCCGUGCCUAGUGGCGGGCUGGGGUACCCUCUAUGAGAAUGGCCCGAUGGCUGACGUUGUGAUGGAGGCUAAAGUGCCCCUGCUCCCGCAAAGUACAUGUAAAAGUGCCCUCAGCAAAGAAGAGAUCACCAACACCAUGCUCUGCGCUGGAUAUCUCUCUGGAGGAAUAGACUCCUGUCAGGGAGACUCUGGCGGCCCUCUGAUCUACCAGGACAGAAUUUCUGGUCGCUUCCAGCUUUAUGGAAUAACCUCCUGGGGAGAUGGAUGUGGGGAGAAAGGCAAGCCAGGAGUCUACACACGAGUGGCUGCAUUUUCAGACUGGAUUCAAUCUGAAAUACAGAAGUCAUUUGGCAGCCGUGAGCCCACAUGUCCCGAGCUUUUAAAGACAAAUGAGAUGUCGGAAGAUGAGCAGAGGUCAGAAUUCAGCUCCCUGUGCCGCUUCUACACCCUGACUUGUCCUCCUGGUCACACAGAAAGCGCAUGCAGUCGAAUGGCGGAGGACAAAUGCCUCACUCGAUUCAAGAAAUGUCAGCUGCGCUCCUUCCUGCAAACCUUGCUGGAUUUGCUCCAGAGGGCCGAGGACUAUAUCAGGGACAAAGUGGACUUGACCUUCUUCACCCAGACUUUGCCGCAGCUCGUGGAGCACAUCUACAGCACUGCCUUCCAGCACACACGGGAAAAGAGAGAUGUGGGUUUGACCCAAGGAAUUACAGAGACAAAAGGAGAUAACACAAUACAGUCAAAGGAGCAAGACCCUGCCAUAGUGCCACCAUCCUUCUUCAGAGAGUUAGGACCUUCAGUGGAUGACUGGGAAAGGUAUCUGAACAAACUCUCUGAAGACAUGGAAAACCAGUCAGGCGAGAGCACAAGACAGGAGGGAAAGCUUUUUAUCCAAGGAGCAGAUGGGUCGGUCCACGAGCUGGAGGAGCGAUAUCACUCGGUUAUCUCCGCCCUGCGCUCGAAACUGGAUUCUAAAGAGCCGCCUCCCAACCUCCACUUGGACACUUCAUACCUGCAGGAAACCUCACCGUCCUCACCUGCUGCUUCCACAGAAGCUAUUGCCCCUGUUUCCGCCAAACCUUGGUCCCUUCUAUCAGCUCUGAUGGUGGAGAUAAAGAACCUGAAUCAAAACGGAAAGUUGACCACAGAUACACCACAAAGUGAAACUAGAGAUGCUUCUACUGUCUCAUGGGACACCACAGAGAACUUCCAUAGUUUGGGGGACAAAGGAUCGUCGCCUCAAACCGAGUCCACACACUUGGUAGAGUCCGGUACAACUGUAUUCUAUAAAGAGACAACAGCCCCAACAAAAAAGGUUGUGCAAAGGAAAUAUCGUAGCCUUCUCCGCAAGAGACAAACAUCAGUGGCCAGUGGAAAAGUUUGUCCAGCGGUGAGAGAGAGUUCUCAUCAGGUCAGCCAAGUUAGAGACUCAUACCACUGGGUAUUGAGCAUCCCUAACAAGAACCUGCGCAUGAACUUUCAAGAGGUUUUAGUGGAUUUAAGUUCCAAAAAUGACAGAGGACUAUACCAGGCUCGAGUCAGAGCUUUGGUCGGAGGAAAACCCUUAACCUUCUACUGUCUGGUUGGACUGGAAAAUGAGGCAUUCUACCGAAGCGUGCCCAGAAUCAUCGCGGUGGCACUGGACGCAUUCAAGACCUGAUUAACUGGAACUGAAAUAUAAGAAUGUCAUGAGUCAUUUUGAAGACUGCCUGCCUUCCUUCACAUGUGACAGACACUCGACACACAGCUGGUUCUUCCACUCUCAUCAUGGCGUGAUCUCCUCCACUGUAUCCAUUACCUCAAUUCCCAUUACACACAUAACAAAGUUAUUUGAAAUAACUUCAAUUUCUUACACACCGGACCUUUUUUUUUUUUGAAGCAGUCGAUCCAUCUACGAGCGGUUUUCAAAACAAAAACAUGAAUGUAUCUGUGAAACCCCCAAACGACUCUAACUUAUGAAUCUGUACAAAUGCUAAGUUAUUAUUUUACAAAGGUUGAGCCUCUUGUGAAGAACACUGACUGUACAUAUGUUUCAGGUUAUCUUGAUUCACAUUUUUAUUUAUUUGUAUAGUACAAAUCAUUUGUAUUUUUGUAAAA